AUGAACCUGCAUAAAAGGAAAGUUGGAGAAUCACCCCUCUGUCCUAUUUGUUCCCUUAAACCUGAAUCAGUAUCUCAUGCUAUUUGGUCCUGUGGUGCUUUAAUGGAUGUGUGGUCUAUGAGCUCAAAAAGAAUUCAGAAAUUAAGAAUCCUAGAAGGCUCAUUUAAAGAUAUUCUAGCCCCUAUAAUUGAUUACUUAUCUCCUUUGGAGAUCAUUGAAUUUGUUGUUAUUGCAAAAGCCAUCUGGCAUAGGAGGAAUACUUGGCUUUUUGAACAGCAGUUCCACCCUCCCUCUCAAGUGUCAAAGCUGGUCCAAGCAAAGAUGGCUUCCAUUAAGUUAUGGCUAGAGAAUGGGAUAAAACAGAUUAAAGUCCAAGAACCUAAAAACAACAGGUGGAUUACUCCCCCAUUAGAUGUAUUCAAAGCUAAUUGGGAUGCUGCUAUUGAUAAAGGCAACUUGAGGUUGGGGAUUGGUGUGAUUGUUAGGAACCCAGAAGGAUCUGUUAUGGCCUCAUUGUGCUUGUUGAUGGACCUGAUUCCUGAUCCACUCCUAGGUGAGGCUGUAGCAGCUCAAAGGACUUCUUCCUUUUGUGCAGAGUUGGGACUACAACAUAUUGUUCUUGAAGGUGACUCUCUAUCGGUGGUAAAGGCUAUUCAACACAAAAAAGGAUAG